AUGGCAAAAAAAGAGAGUUUAGAUCGAAGAAUUGAACAUCACAUCUUAUAUAAUGGACUUGUAAGGUUCUUCCAAGUUAGGUAUGUUGAUGAGGCAUUGCUUACAUGGAAGGGAACAAAACAAAGCUAUCCACAGCUUGGACUGCUACUAGCCAUUGAUCUCUCUUCUAACAAAUUAACAGGAGAGAUUCCAGAAGAAUUAAAUAGUCUUCAAGAACUAGUUGCAUUGAACUUGUCAAGAAACAUUUUUACCCGAAAAGUUCUUCAAAAGAUCGGGCAUCUAAUGAAACUAGAGGUGCUUGACCUGUCAAGAAACAAGUUUUCAGGAAACAUACCAACGAGCUUGUCUAAAUUAACAUUUCUAAGUACCUUGUACUUUUCUUACAAUGACUUGUCUGGAAAAAUUCCAACCAGCACUCAGCUACAGAGCUUUGAUCCUUCAUCAUUUUCUCAUAAUAGAGGACUUUGUGGUCCUCCUGUUUCACCGAAUUGCUCAAUGGUGGAACCAUCUCCUGCAAACCUGCAUGUCGUGUUCUUCAAGCGUUCAUGGAGGCAUUCAUAUUAUCGUUACUUGGAUAAUGCAAAGGAUUGGGUUUAUGUUUCAUUUGUUUUAUUGAAAGCAAGAGUACUUGGGAGCAACGAGAGUGAAAAACAGGUGGAUAUAGAACAUUUGAGCAGUCCAGAAACUAAACACAUGCAACAAAGUUUCACACAGGUAGACCACACAGUCAUGUGGCUCACAUGGACAUACGGCUAG